AUGGUGCGGCUGCGGACCCCACAGGGCCACGCAGCGCUGGGGCUGCUGGCGCUGUCCGUGCUGAGCCUGUGCCUAAUGAUCCAAGUCAGUGCCAAGAGACCCCCCAAGACACCCCCCUGCCCGCCCAGCUGCUCCUGCACCAGGGACACAGCCUUCUGCGUGGACUCCAAGGCCGUGCCCAGGAGCCUGCCCUCCGAGGUCAUCUCCCUGACCCUGGUGAACGCAGCCUUCUCCGAGAUCCAGGAGGGAGCUUUCUCCCAUCUACCGCUGCUGCAAUUCCUGUUACUCAACUCCAACAAGUUCACGCUGAUUGGAGACAACGCCUUCUCGGGACUGUCGCACCUGCAGUACCUCUUCAUUGAAAACAAUGACAUCUGGGCCCUGUCCAAGUUCACCUUCAGAGGACUGAAAUCUCUGACACACCUUUCGCUGGCCAACAACAACCUGCAAACACUCCCAAGAGACAUCUUUCGGCCCCUGGACAUCCUGAGCGACCUGGACCUGAGGGGUAACACCCUGAACUGCGACUGCAAGGUGAAGUGGCUGGUGGAGUGGCUGGCACACACCAAUACCACCGUGGCCCCCAUUUACUGCGCCAGCCCACCCCGCUUCCAGGAGCAGAAGGUGCAGGACCUGCCGUUGCGCGAGUUUGACUGUAUCACCACCGAUUUCGUGUUGUAUCAGACCCUGUCCUUCCCCGCCGUCUCGGCCGAGCCCUUCCUUUACUCCAGCGACCUCUAUGUGGCCCUGGCCCAGCCAGGUGCCAGCGCUUGCACUGUCCUCAAGUGGGACUAUGUUGAAAGGCAGCUUCGAGACUACGACAGGAUCCCAGCCCCAUCGGCUGUGCACUGCAAACCGAUGGUGGUGGACGGCCAGCUGUACAUGGUGGUGGCCCAGCUGUUUGGCGGCUCCUACAUCUACCACUGGGACCCCAACACUACGCGCUUCACGAAGCUGCAGGACAUCGACCCCCAGCGCGUGCGCAAGCCCAACGACCUAGAGGCCUUCCGCAUCGACGGCGACUGGUACUUCGCCGUGGCCGACAGCUCCAAGGCGGGCGCCACCAGCCUCUACCGCUGGCACCAGAAUGGCUUCUACUCCCACCAGGCCCUGCACCCCUGGCACCGGGACACGGACUUGGAGUUUGUGGAUGGUGAGGGCAAGCCGCGGCUCAUCGUGUCCAGCAGCUCCCAGGCGCCUGUCAUCUACCAGUGGAGCCGCAACCAGAAACAGUUUGUGGUCCAGGGGGAGGUGAGCCAGGUGCCCGACGCCCAGGCCGUGAAGCACUUCCGUGCGGGCCGCGACAGCUACCUGUGUCUCAGCCGCUACAUCGGAGACUCCAAGAUCCUGCGCUGGGAAGGCCCUCGCUUCUCUGAAGUUCAGGCCCUGCCCUCCCGGGGCUCGCUGGCUUUGCAGCCCUUCCUGGUGGGCGGCCGCCGCUACCUGGCGCUGGGCAGUGACUUCUCCUUCACCCAGGUCUACCAGUGGGAUGAGGGGCGGCAGAAAUUUGUACGUUUCCAGGAGCUUGCUGUGCAGGCCCCCAGGGCCUUCUGUUAUAUGCCCGCUGGAGAUGCCCAGUUGCUCCUGGCCCCCAGCUUCAAGGGGCAGACGCUGGUGUACCGACACGUGGUGGUGGAUCUCAGUGCCUAAUGGG